AUGGCUAGACCACCGCCCCGUCCUAUCCGUCGUCUUCUUGUCUGCAAUCGCGGCGAAAUCGCAACCCGUAUCAUGACGGCGGCGCGAGAGCUUUCCAUUCCCACCUACGCCGUCUAUACCAGCAAUGACGCCACUCACGUGCGCUACGCGACGCGCGCCAUCGAACUGCCCUCCGCUUCCUCCUACAUGGACAUCCCAUACCUGAUCUCGCUAAUCAAGCAGCACAACAUCGAUGCCGUCCACCCCGGCUAUGGCUUCCUCUCCGAAUCCGCCGAAUUCGCGCGCCGAGUCUGGGACGAGGCGGGCGCGGUUGUCGUAGGGCCAGGAUGGGAGAUCCUAGAGCAGACGGGCGACAAACUGAAAGCGAGGAAGUUGGCUGAGGAGUGCUCCGUCCCCGUCACCCCCGCCCUCCUCCACCCCACCUCCUCCAUCCCCACCUCCUCCAUCCCCACCCUCCGCGCCUUCGCCUCCUCGACCGGCUACCCGGUCAUGAUCAAAGCCGUCGACGGCGGCGGGGGCCGCGGCAUCCGGCUGGUCCACUCGGACGACGAACUGGAGCAGCAAGCGACGCGGGCCAUCGAGGAGUCGCCGUCGCGCCGCGUCUACGCGGAGCAGGCCAUGGUGGACGGCUUCCGGCACGUCGAGGUGCAGAUGGUCGGGGACGGGCGCGGCGAGGUCCGGCACCUGUGGGAGCGCGAGUGUAGCGUGCAGCGGCGGUGGCAGAAGGUGGUGGAGGAGGCGCCGAGCACCUUCGCGGACAGGGGGGUGGUGGGCGAGGUGAUCGCGGCGGCGGUGCGCAUGGCCGAGCGGCUCUCGUACUUCUCCCUCGGCACCUUCGAGUUCCUCGUCCACCCGCGCACCCGCGCCUUCUACUUCCUCGAAAUCAACCCCCGCCUGCAGGUCGAGCACACCGUCACCGAAUCCCUCGUCCCCGGCCUCGACCUCGUCCAAACCCAACUCCUCCUCCACCACCACCAAGAACCCUCCUCCUCCUCCUCCUCCCCCCUCCUCUCCUGCCCAGGCAUCCCACCCACCCCCCUCCCCCCCUCCGCCCCUCCCCCACCCCUCCACUCCCUCCAACUCCGCCUCACCGCCGAAGACCCCUCCCGCGCCUUCGCCCUCAGCCCCGGCCCCAUCCACCACCUCUCCUUCGCCUCCACAUCCGGCCCCGGCGUCCGCAUCGACACCCACCACCCCUCCACCAUCGGCACCGACUUCGACAGCCUCAUCGCCAAGAUCGUCGUCACCGCCUGCUCGCGCGCGGCCUGCAUCCGGAAGGCGGCGCGCGUGCUGGCGGACGUGCAGGUCGCUGGCGGCGCCGUGAAGACGAAUCUCGGCGUGCUGAGGGGGGUGGUGGCGAGCGCGGCGUUUGGGAGGGGGGAAUGCGACACCAGGUGGUUGGAGGGGGCGGCGGUGGCGGAGGGGUUGGUCGCGGCGGGGGAGGAGAUUGGGCGGGGGGUGGAGAGGGGGAGGGCGGAGGAGGGGAGUGGGUUUGGGGUGUGGGAGCGGGAGGAGGGGGAGGGGGCGAGUGGUGGGGGCGGGGGUGCGGCGGGGUUGGGCGCGGGGAGCAAUGCGGCGGUGUUGUUUAGGAAAGGGAAUGCGUGGAACGUUACGCUUGAAGCUUCUUCGCUGUCGUUGGAGGAGGGGGAUGGGGUGGUGGGUGGGCAGGCGGGAAGGGCAAAGGGGGGGAAGGCAUUGGCUUCCAGUGCUUCUCCGGCUUCUGCGCCUACGCAUCAUCUGGAGAUCACGCGCGUGCUGCGGAACGAUUUCCCGUCGUCGCUGUCUGCUGAGAUUGCCUUCUCGAGCACUGCGGCCGCCGAUGUCGGUGCGUCGUCGUCGUCGUCGUCAUCGUCAUCUACGCCCUACGUCAUGCAUAUCGCGGCAACCACGGCGUCGUCGAGCGCGGCAUUGUCGCAACACAGGCGUGGGAGGCCGGAUGAUCCGUCGCACGUCUGCAUCCCGUUUGCCGGGAAGGUUGUGGAGGUGCUGGUUGAUGAAGGGGAUAGCGUGAGGGAAGGGGACGUGAUAUGUGUGGUGAGGCAGAUGAAGAUGGAGCUGGAGGUGAGGAGUCCGAGGCCGGGCAGGGCGACGUGGGUUUUCGAGGGAGAGGAAGGAGAAGAGGUGUCGGAAGGGACGUUGGCUUGCGUGCUGGAAUUGGAGAGUAAAGAGAAGGCGAGGCUGUGA